GAAUGUCAGCGUAUAACAUGAUUUGCUAUAUGUGAUGAGAUAUAUCGUAUUGGAUCUUAUCGUAUAAAUCAUUUAUUUUAUAUGUGAUAUUGUAUUUGAUGAUACGUGACUCAGUGAAUGUAAAUAUUUCAAAAUACAACAAGACCUGUCUUAACCUUGGCUUGUGUAUUCUCUUAUGGUGAGAAUAAUUUAAAUAGAUAACAUAUUAGUUGUUUAUAAGCUGCUGAACUUGAAGAGGUUGUGUUGCUUUAUUUUGAAACUUGCACAAUGUAUCCUUUAUGUAUUAAAUGCAUGUGUUGUACAAAUAUGCCCGAAGUUUACGACUGAAAGGGGCCAUUGAAUAGAGUUACCAAUUGCUAGUUAUAUAUCAUAAAUAUACCCUAAAGGAAGUAUAUUAUUAUUGUAUGGAUAUAAAGUUCAACGUAUGCAUAUUUAUUGUGAAAAAUGUUUGAUCGCUUUAUAAAUGUAUAAAUCCACAAGAACAAGAUAUAAAUCAGAAAUAUGUUCAAUAAUAUCGGUUGUGUAAUUUCACUAGUACUUUCAUCUCAUAAGCUUUACAGUGAAGUGUGUUAAAUAAUAUUGCUUGUGUAAUUUUGAAACUAGUUUCAGAGCAUAAGUUUAACAGUGAAAUGGUCACAUGAACACCCGUGAAUCAUGGCCAGGUCACAUAGAGAAGUAUUUAGUUUCGUCGUGGCCGUUAUAGUUUUAUAUAUUGGUGUUGUAGCCACUAUGAACUGUGAUAGUUCAGUUUCGGGGUCGAAACCUAUAGCCCCGUUUUGUAAAAACCAGACAGUUAGCGGAAGGGAGAUUUAUUUAUCUGGAGUACAUAAUGGUAUAAAUGGUAUCGGGUGUAAUUGUUCCAUUACUAUUACUAAAAUUCCUGAUGAGGAUUACACAUUGAAAAUUGAUAUAAAGAAUGUAACUACUACUACCAAACUGUGUGCCUAUUCAUUAUAUUCUGUAUAUAGAAAUUAUAGUACAAGACUGUAUGCGUGUAAUGAAAAUGUAACUAAAGCUAGUUUUUAUUUGAAACCUAUUGAAACUUUGAGAUUGCAUAUGGAGAAAUGGUCUGACAAUGGUGUUGGAUUUCCAUUUUGUCUCCAACUGUAUAGUGAUCAAGCGGGUUCUAGUAUUCACCUAGAAUGCACAUCUAAGUCAACAACAACCACAGCGUCACCUACAUCAUUAACAUACAUGAAAUCGACAAGCACAAACCAUUUCUUGUCGACAAUUUCUAACAGCAAUAACAUACCAACUUCCAGUACCGGGAGAAAUGAUGAUACAAUUGCCACACUUUCAACCACUCUAAACUCUAGAACCGGGGGAAAUGAUGGAACGAGUUACACGACGGUUAAAUCUAACAUCAGUGGUGCCUUUCCUCCAACAACUGAACAACAACCCAAUAAUGAUGAUUCUAAUCCAUUGAUUGGUAUAAUAAUUGGAUCUAUUCUAGCUGUUCUGGUUCUGGUAGCUUUAGUUAUUGUAAUUAUCUGCUUGGUGAAAAGACGACGAAAGAAAAAGCCUCCAUGUGAGACUCCACUGGAACCACAAGAUAAUCAUGUAAAUGCAGCUGUAACACCCAACAACAACGCCAACGGUCACAACAACCAAAAUACGCAAGUCGGUAAUCGGGGAAUGAUCUAUUUAGAAAACGAUCUUUAUAAAAGUAUUGAUGACGACGAGCCGGUGGGAAGAAAGGGAGGUAACCACGAAGGCAUGAUAUAUCUGGAAAAUGAUCUUUAUAUUUCAAGCAGUGAAACUGAUAACGUUCACCAAGAUGAAGAAAACUCAGUUCCUCAUCAACCUGUUGAAUAUGCUGUGGUUAAUAAAACUGCCAAGAAAAGUAGUUCUAGUAAUGGCGCAUCAACGGGUCAUACUGUUGGACCGCAUGGUGACGUAUACACGUUUGUACAGAAAAAAUAGAUAUAAAAUGUCAAAUUAAACAAAUAACUUAUAAGAAAGAUAUUAUAUGCUCCAAUCAAUUACGUAUUUAAUUCUUCCUCAAUUAAGUAUACAUGGUACAAAGAGACAUGCAUAGGCCUGGCGUUUACCAUCUGAGAGGGUAGUGUAGUAUAUUUCCCAGUAGUGUGUUCGUUCCACGUCUGUUUUACAAUGAUUAUUAAAUUCAUGUAGUUCAGUUGACCUCUACAGCACUGAUCAUUUGAUUCUCUGAUCCAUACUAUUGCUUUGUAUAGGUAUGCGUGGACUGACUUCUUUUAUCAUCUUCUAGAGUUGUGUAGUAUAAUUAUUUUCCAGUGGUGUGUAGAUAUAAUUGAUAUAUUAGAAGUAUAUUGAUAUAUUGACUGUUAGAAGUACGUAGUUUAAUUAUUCUCUACAUCAUCCAUAUGCGUGAUAUUGAACACUUGUUUGAUCCAUCGCUCUUUUUUCUUGUAAAAUAUUUAUUCACAAAAUUCAAAUACAUUAUCAUAUUUACAUCACGAUUCAAUCAUAUAUACAUUAAUAAAUAACACCACGAAUUGGUUAAAGAGGGUGUGAAAAGUGCGUAUAUAAAACCCAAUUUUUUUUAAUUUGCUUUAAAAUCAAUGCUUAUCUCAUCAUUUAAUCCGAGAUUAAUAAGAACAGGUGGAUUUCUGAAUUUGAAAAUAAAAUCUUUAACAGUGUUAUGCUUUUUGUAGUAGAUAUUAACAUUAUAUAUAUUAUAUAUUAGCAAUAUUUUAAAUAGAGGCUUAACAUUUAUACUGGCCCAUUCAGGGGCGGAUCCAGGAAUUUUUGCAGGAUCGGGUUUGUCAGGUUCCUGAGACAAUGUAUCCCCCCCGCCUCACGCAUGGUCUCUAUCGUCAUUUUGGCGUAUAUACAUACACAUUGAGCUUUUUAAACAGAGAAACACUUCGUUUGACGUCAAUUUUUAUUAUGAAUUAAUACAAUGACAUUGUGAUUCAAUUUCAUGGAUGCAAAGCAUUAAUUGUGAUAUCACAUAAUGUCUAUAUCAUUAUCUCGUGUUUUGGGCGCCCAUCCUGUUCCACAUCUGACGAUAAAGGAUAAAGUGUACAAGUGCACUUCUUGUGUAUCUUCUGUGGUUCUCGUUGUUGAUUAAAUGAAGACAAGACUGUUGUUGGCUGUUGAUAUUCCUCUAUAUUUUUUUGGUUAACAAUUAAUCAACAAAAUUUACAGCAGACAAUUAAUAUAACAAUUAUUGGUUCACUGCUUAUUAGUAAAUAAGCUCCAAUGUAGAUAUGGGAAUUGACAUAAACUUAUGUCUCCAAAUAUCCAAAUACAGGUAAAUAAGGUCUGUACUUAGGUAUGUGAUCUAAGUUGAUCUCCCAAGACACGUGUGUAGCAAGCUUUCUUCUAAUUCUCUCAUUUGGGUCUAUAUAUCCCCAUGUAUCGCCUAGGGCAUUAAUUCUAUAAAUCUAUCGUCUAUACAAACAAUAUACCCCGGUAACUAAACGCUAUAGCCCGUAGACGUUAAUUAUAAUUUAUAAGCUCAAUUUAAUGUUUAAAACAAAGAAUACUGGAGACGGGUGAUUAAUGAAAUAUAUAAGACAAUAUGAAGUAGAUAUAAAUGUUGGGGAAUUAAGGUGGAUUAAGAUCCAUUAAAUAUAGUUUACUGAAUUAAGUAAUACUGUGCGGAUUAGCACGACGUAUUAAACAUUUACUAUUGAAUCCAAAUUCACACUACUAUAAAAGCACACCGAGAAAAUUUUCACAUAAAAAGUGUUGAUUUACAAAAAAAAUUAUGUAGCUGGGCCCCCCCCCCCUGAAUCCGCCCCUGCCAUUGUUUAACGCUACCAUUCUUCUUUUAUAUAUAGUUAAUCUUAAUGGAUAUAAAACUUGAUAUAUAUUGAUGUGAAAUCCAAUCCCUGAUAUAUAAACAUAAGGUAUAAGCCUACACUUUAAGAUGAGACGAACUAUUAACUAUGGAUAUUUUGCACAUAUAUCUUGUCCACAUUAAAAUUUGGUGACAAUGCUCCUAAGGAAGCUGUCUCGAAAUCACUUCCCUACACAUUUUACUUUUGUUAUUUGAUUUUUAAAAAAAAAGAAAUUUUAUAUGCUAUAUUGAUACUGUUCAUAUAGUGUUAUAUGUUAUUGUAAAGUACAUCUGGGCAUGUUUAUCGCGCUAUAUAAAUAUAUAAUGAAAAGUAAAAUGUCAUUAUCUUCACAAAAUGUCAUUAUUCAGGAUUAAGAGUCUUAAAAGAUUCAAACAAACCCUCAAAAUUUCAUGUUGUUAAUUCUUUAUGAAAUAAAUUACAAAAUACUCAAAGAAGGAUAGGCAAAUGAGGAAACUGUCCCGAAUACAAUUAGAGCACGCUUUCCUACGCGCAUUCCUCUUUUAAUAAUUGUGUAUAAACGUUAACAUGAUAUAAUUAUUGUGUAUACACGUUCACAUGAUAUAAUUAUGUCAGUAUGAAUUGAUUUAUUAUAUGGAUUAUUAUAUAAUGUUUACAGUUAUUUAAAUAUAUACCAAUAUGUGGGAUAUAAACACAAGCAUAAAUAUGCUUAUAAAUAUCACUUGUUU